UUGUUCCAUUUCAAUUCAGCAAAAUCCGUUCACUCUAACAAACUAUGGUGUUGGGAGAGGUCUUUCUCGGGGCAUUCCUUCAAGUGCUGCUUGACAGGUUGAGCCCUAGGGCGAUCAUCAACUUUGCAAGCCUACAUGGUGCGAGUGUGGACAAGAAGCUCAAGAAAUGGAGUUCAACGCUAUCUACAAUCGGAGCUGUACUUUAUGAUGCGGAGGAGAAGCAACUUACGAGCGAGGCUGUCAAUCUGUGGCUGGAUGAUCUCAAAGACUUGGCUUAUGAUAUUGAAGACAUCUUAGACAAGUUUUCUAUCGAGUUAUUACGACGCAGAGUCAAGGAGCAACAUGGAGCUGCUACCAUAAGUAAGGUACGGAGCCUAAUUCCCCAAGCUAAAUUCAACUUCCAUAUGAACUCCAAAAUCAAGGAGAUCACCGAUAGACUCCGAGACAUAUCUGAACGAAAAGAAUCGCUUCGUUUGAACGAUAUUGGGAUGUCUAGUAAUCAUUAUAGGGCAUGGAAAAUGCCACCGAGUUCGUGUCGACCGGAUGGACCUGUGAUCGGAAGAGACUGGGAUCAAAGCCAGGUUGUUGGAUUUUUGUCCGUAGCCGAGCCUAGUGCCAUCAAUUUUCAUGUUGUGGCCAUUCUUGGCAUGGCAGGAGUUGGAAAGACAACACUUGCAGGACAUGUAUUCAACAACGAUGAUGAUGCCAUGCAACAGUUUGACCUUAAGGUGUGGGUGUAUGUGUCUGAUGAAUUCAAUAUAGUGAGAGUGACAAAGGCAAUUCUCGAAUCAAUUACAUCGGAGCACUGUAAGUUGAAGGAGUUCAGUAAAGUCCAGGAUAAUCUCAGUAAGGAGUUGACGGGCAAAAAGUUUCUCGUUGUUUUAGAUGAUGUUUGGGAUACAUGUGACUACGAUAUGUGGACCAAAUUGCAAUCUCCCUUCCGUGUCGGAGCACUAGGAAGUAAGAUACUGGUGACAACGCGCCAUGAAUCAGUUGCAAGAAUGAUGGGAGCCAUACAAGUUCAUAAUUUGAAGUGUAUAUCAAGUGAUGAUUGUUGGCAGGUAUUUGAACAACAUUCAUCCUUGAACAUUAACAACAGCAGACCACAUAAUUUUGAGUCUCUUCGGGACAAGAUUACUGCAAAAUGCAAUGGAUUGCCGUUGGCUGCAAGGACGCUUGGUGGACUUUUACGGUGCAAAGAAAUUGGUGAAUGGGAAGAAAUAUUGGACAACAAAUUAUGGAGUCUAUCAGAUAAGAGUGGUAUUCUCCCAGUAUUGAAACUGAGCUAUCACUCUCUCCCUUCGAACCUAAAAAGAUGCUUUGCUUAUUGCUCAAUACUUCCAAAUGACUAUGAAUUCAGUGAGAAGCAGUUGAUCCUUCUAUGGAUGGCAGAUGGUUUGAUACUGCAUCCAGAACAAAGUAGACAAAUGGAAGAUUUGGGUGGCGAGUAUUUUCAGGAGCUAUUAUCUAGGUCAUUAUUUCAAAAAUCAAACAAGGACAGUUCACAAUAUGUUAUGCAUGACCUCAUUAGUGAAUUGGCACGGUGGGCUGCAGGAGAAGUUUGUUUCAGACUGGAGGACAAUGUGGAUGAUAACAUGCAACAUCUUAGGUGUUCUCCAAAAGCUCGACAUUCUUCUUACAUUUCUGGUGAGUUUGAUGGGAUUACAAAGUUUGUAGCCUUUUCUGAAGCCAAACGUUUGCGGACGUUCCUGCCAUUUACACUUUCAGAAAAUCCACAGAAUUACUUGACCUGUAAGGUUACUCUUGAUUUAGUGCCGAAAUUGCAAUACUUGAGGGUCCUGUCUUUCAAUAGCUACCAGAUAACCGAGCUACCAGAUUCCAUAGGUAAACUGAAGUAUCUACGGUACCUUGAUGUUUCUCACACGCCAAUAAGGAGCUUACCUGAAUCAACAAGCACACUUUAUAACUUACAGGUAUUGAUAUUAGAAAGUUGUUCUCUUUUGGAGGCACUACCCACAAAUAUGAGGAAUCUCAUUAAUUUGCGUCAUCUCAGCAAUUCAAGUGUACAUUCGUUGAAGGGAAUGCCUAUGCAACUAGGUCGGUUAACUAAUCUGCAAACACUUGCUGAUUUUGUUGUGGGUAAGGGUAGUGAGUCGGGGAUAAGAGAGAUAGGUCCUCUACUGCAUCUCCGGGGGACAUUACACCUCUCAAGACUGGAGAAUGUGACUGAUGUUGAAGAUGCAAGGAGGGCUGACUUAAUUAGCAAAAAAGAGCUUGAUGUCUUGCUAUUACAGUGGCAUGAGUUGAACGGCACGGGAGAAAGGGAAGCAGAUGUUCUUGACAUGUUACAACCUCAUAGAAAGCUAAAAGAACUCACCAUACGGCGAUACACUGGUGAAAAAAUUGCUGCUUGGGUGGGAAGUCCUUCAUUCACUAGCAUGGUUCUUGUAAACUUGGAAGAUUGUAGUAAAUGCAGAUUCUUGCCACCACUUGGACAGUUACCUUCUCUCAAGGAGCUUUUUAUAAAAGGAAUGUCUGGAGUGGAAAGCGUGGGUUCUGAGUUCUAUGGAGAGGGUAGCUUGCCGUUUCCACUAUUAGAGACCCUUUCAUUUCAGAAUAUGCAAGGAUGGAAGGAGUGGAUUCCUCUUGAAAGACAUCAGGGAACUAAAGAUUUUCCUUGCCUGAAAAAGCUUUCCAUUUAUGCAUGCCCCAAACUGGAGGGUGUGGUGCCAGAGAACCUUUAUUCAUUAGAAGAGCUUGUGGUUCGUGAAUGUGACCAACUGGUGGUUUCAAUUGCCAACUAUAAAGAACUUUCCGUAUUAUGCAUCCGCUAUUGCAAAGGGGUUGUAUACAGAAGUGUGGUUGACUUUCAGUUAUUAUAUUUGGAGAUAACUGGCUGUGAGGAGCUAACAUGUUCAUUGCAGAAUGAGGAUGGAUUUCUGCAAAACCUUAUGUCACUUCGUCAUUUGAGUAUUGAAGGUAACUCACAUCUUGUUCAAUUGCAACACCUCAGAUUACUACAAGAGCUUCACAUUGAUAAGUGGCCAAGCCUAGUUUCUUUUCCAUUGGCUAGUUUGCCACCUUCUCUUAAAGAUAUAAAGAUUCGAGGUUGCGAUUCUCUUACUUAUUUUGCAAGAUAUCAGAUACCGCCAAGUCUAAGGAGAAUAGAGAUAAAUAGAUGCCAAAAUUUGAAAUCAUUGGUGGAGGAUGAGGAGGCGAUAGGGGGCUCUUCAUCUUCUUCUCCUUGUUUGAUUCAGGAUGAGGAGUCCUGUCUCGAGUAUUUGAGCAUAUGGAACUGUCCAUCUUUGAUAUCUCUAUCAUCCAGAGUCAAGCUACCCAGGGCGCUUAAACACCUUCAGAUACAUACUUGCAGACGACUGGAGUCAAUAGCUGAUGCAUUACAUGAUAACAUUUCUCUCGAGUACAUUCACAUCUGGAGGGUUCCCAAGAAGUCCUUCCAACUUGAGAGAGUUUGA